AUGUCAACAUCAACAAAAACAUACUCAAAGUCAAUUCCAAACGCACCGGAAGAUAAUCGACCCAUUGAAAUCAGGAGUAAUCUUGAAUAUGGAAAACAACUGUCGAAUGACUAUUUAUACGUCUCAAAACACCCUGUUGGAGAGCCUUUACCGACCCCAAUUGAUGAUGAUCCACCAUACGCCAUCUAUCUAUUAACAUACUUAAAUUACCUCAUAUUGAUUAUCAUUGGACACAUUAGAGACUUUUUUGGAAAGAUUUUCAAACCACAAGAAUACAAGCAUUUAGUUGAAAAGGAUGGGUACGCCCCAUGGUACGAUGGGUUUGAGAGUUUUUAUGUUCGUAGACUAAAAACGAGAAUUGAUGAUUGUUUUGCCAGACCAAUUUAUGGAGCACCAGGAAGAUAUAUCAAAUGUUUCAACAGAAUAAGAGAUGGGAAAACUGGUUACUUGUAUGAUGGAACGUCGAAGGAGUGUCUCAACUUGUCUUCAUACAACUACCUUGGAUUUGCUCAAUCAAGUGGAGCUUGUACUGAUUUUGCGUUGAAGUGUGUUGAUGAGUACAGUACUUCUGGAUGUUCACCAAGAUUAUACUGUGGUACAACCGACUUGCACCGUGAAUGUGAAAGAGUUAUCGCAGAUUUUGUUGGAAAAGAGGAUGCCAUUAUUGUAAGUCAAGGAUACGGAACAAACGCAACGUUUUUCGCAUCUGUGGCUGACUCAAAAACAUUGAUUAUCUCCGAUGAAUUGAACCACGCAUCAAUUAGAUUUGGUAUUAGAAUUUCCGGGGCAAUCGUUAAGGUCUAUAAGCACAAUGAUAUGAAAGAUUUGGAACAAGUUAUCCGUAAUCAAAUUGCACAAGGGCAACCAAAGACUCACAGACCUUGGAAAAAGAUUAUAAUUGCAGUAGAAGGUUUGUACUCCAUGGAGGGCAACAUGUGUAACUUACCUGAGAUCAUUGAGCUAAAAGACAAGUAUAAAUGUUAUUUGUUUGUUGAUGAAGCGCACUCUAUUGGCGCUUUAGGCCCAGAAGGAAGAGGAAUCUGUGACUAUUUUUCAGUAGAUCCAGCUAGGGUCGACAUUUUGAUGGGUACUUUGACCAAGUCGUUUGGUGCUACAGGUGGUUACAUUGCUGGUGAUAAAAUAUUAAUCGAUAGAAUGAGAUUAGACUAUCAAACUAAUUCAUACAGUGAGUCUGUACCUCCACCGGUAUUGGGACAAAUUAUCUCAUCAUUGAAUGUCAUUAGAGGUACUCUUAAUCCUGGAGAGGGGCAAGAGAGAUUACAACGAAUUGCUUUCAAUUCGCGGUACUUGAGAUUAGGAUUGAAAAAGUUGGGAUACAUUGUAUACGGUGCUGAUGACUCACCUGUUAUUCCAGUGUUAUUAUUCUUACCUUCCAAAAUGCCAGCGGUCUCGAGAAUGUUGUAUGAUUUGGGAAUUGCCGUGGUUGUUGUGAGUUAUCCAGCAACUCCAUUAGCCAGCGCUAGAGUAAGGUUAUGCGUCUCUUCGGCAUUAACGAAAGAGGAUUUGGAUUACGUGCUUGAGAAGUUUAGUCAAAUUGGCGACUUGUUAUACUUGAAAUUUAGUAGUGGUAUUGCCGGAGGGUCCAAGACACCCGGAAAACCGCCACGUUGGACCAUUGAAGAUGUUUUGGCAACCAAUGUCGAGGAUAGUAAAAGACCUAAAUUACUAUAA